UCGCCUCCCCCCUCCCCGCCGGGAGAGCCGUUUCCUGCGACGUAAUCGGAGUGCGACGGAAGCGCAGGCCGCGCUGAGGGAAACUCGGGUGGAACGAAGCGCGGAGUGGUCGAGAUGCCUGUGACAGUGGGGCCAUAUGGCCAGUCCCAACCCAGUUGCUUUGACAGAGUGAAAAUGGGCUUCAUGAUGGGCUUUGCUGUUGGUAUGGCAGCGGGUGCACUGUUUGGCACAUUUUCUUGUCUCAGGUUUGGCAUGAGAGGGCGAGAACUGAUGGGUGGUGUUGGCAAAACCAUGAUGCAGAGUGGUGGAACUUUUGGGACAUUUAUGGCAAUUGGCAUGGGAAUCCGCUGUUAAUGUUACUUUUCUAUCACGAAGACCAAUGCCCCUGCAAGUUGGAAGUUCUGCUAUGUAGUAGAAUAAAAAUCUCUGCACCAAGAUUGAAUAAUCCAUCAAAAUAAGUUUCGGCCGUUAUUGCUGUAGCAAGAGUUUGUAAAUCUUUUUCUCCGUAACAAAAGUGGCAAAGGCAGUGGAGAUUUAGAAGCAAUGGAAUCUCUGUAUACAGUGAAUCUCCGUGGAUGUGACCUCAAAUAAAUGACCAAUUAUAGGAA